UCACAGCACAUUGCUGUCAUAGCUUCACAUUUUCAUUAUUUCUCGUAAAGUGACAGCGCUGAGGCUGAGCACGUUGACAUUUCCCUGCUCGGUUUAAAUAUUGUGACAGUGAUCGGGAGGGCUUGAAUUUCAUCCGGCCUGUCCGUAGCAUUCGGUUAAAUUAUCAGCAUAGUGGAUAGAUAUCGAAUGGCAGAAUGACGAGGUGACGUUUAGUUCUGCCAUGCGGAACAGAUCAAUAGCUUUUGUACUCAUCUCACUGUUUGUAUGGGGUGUUAUCACCUAUUUUUUAUUUCUCGAUCGACCGAUUGGCAAGGAACAAGACAAGAACCUACUCACCAUUCAAAUUACCAAAUUAGAAAGUGAAGUAAAACAUCAAAUAGCUAUCAAUAGAGAACUAUUGAAGCACAUCGGGGAACAAUUGAAAAAAGCAGCAGAAAAAGUACCGCCAGAAGUCAAAGACACUCGAAAAGAUCCAAUCCAGAAUUAUGUCCACAAAGCAGGAGAGAGGAAUCAAGAACCUAAGGAGGAUAAACCUAAAACCAGUUUCAGUAAAGAAACACAAAAGAAAACGUUGCCGAAUGGUUCCCCGAUAAUUGCAGUUCUAGUAUUUUCCUGCAACAGAAUUACCGUCCAAAGGUGUCUUGAUCAAUUAAUUAAGCUGAGACCAAAUGUUGAUCAAUUCCCGAUCAUAGUAUCUCAGGAUUGCGAACAUCAACAGACAGCAGACGUUAUUCGAAGCUACAAAAACCAACUCCUUCAUAUUCAACAACCCGAUCAAUCGGAAAUCGAUAUUCCCCCGAGGGAGAAGAAAUUUAGAGGCUACUUUAAAAUUGCUCGACAUUAUGGCUGGGCUUUGAAUCAAGUUUUCGUAGAAUUCGGAUAUGAAACUGCGAUUAUUGUUGAAGACGAUCUCGACAUAGCGCCAGACUUUUUUGAGUACUUUCUGGGUACAUAUCCUCUUCUUGUCUCCGACAAAUCGCUCUGGUGUGUAUCGGCGUGGAAUGAUAACGGAAAAUCAGGCCUGGUUGAUGAGCACGCGCACAAUUUGCUCUACCGGACGGAUUUCUUCCCAGGUCUCGGUUGGAUGCUGAAACGUGAUUUGUGGCUUGAAUUGGCGCCAAAGUGGCCUAGAGCAUAUUGGGAUGAUUGGAUUCGACAACCAGAGCAGCGAAAGAAUCGAGCCUGCAUCAGACCAGAAUUGUCGAGGACCAGGACUUUCGGCAAAAUCGGAGUUAGCAAUGGACUAUUCUUUGAGAAGCACCUAAAGUUCAUUAAGCUGAACGAGCAAUUUGUGCCUUUCACAGCGAUGAAUUUAACCUAUCUGUUAAAAGAUAAUUACGACAUCGCCUUCGUAAAUGAAGUUUAUCAGUCGAAGGUAGUUAGCUACUCGGAAUUGAAGAGUGGAAACAUAGUUGUACCUGGUCCUGUUAGAAUUCCUUACUACACCCGCCAAACGUACAAGAGUACUGCCAAAAUGCUCGGCCUGAUGGAUGACUUCAGGAGCGGAGUUCCAAGAACCGGUUAUCGAGGAGUCGUCACCUUUUUCUACAACAAACGCAGAGUCCACUUGGCGCCUGGCGCAAACUGGAAUGGAUACGAUAUCACCUGGAGCUAACACAUAAUUCGUCGAUAUUCCAGAGAUCUUUAACGGCUUGCAUUUUGAUUGCGUUGAUUCCACGUGGCAGUAAAGUCGCCGUAUUCACCAGUAACUUUUAAGCGUUUCGAUUUUUAUUAAUUUAAGACUACUGAACUGCAGUUUUAAAAGCCAAAGACAAAGUUGCCAGCAAUUUUACUUUAGGUUAUAUUAUUAUAAUAUUCUUUGUAUUGUAUCGAAUUAUUAUUUAGAUGCGAAUAUGAGAAACGGUGCAGCGAUUUUUAUGGCGGGUGGAAUGUGCAACUUUACCUCAAAGCCUUAGUCUUUUUUACAUUUUUUUUUGCCGCGGAGUACGUUUAGUCAGUUGUAGAUAGUUUCAUAUUUUUAUUCGAUUGACUAGUAUCAUGUAACAAUACUAGAGUGCCUCAAAAAAUCCUAUCCCACCAUUUUCCUUGUAAAUAAUUCGUUAUUUAAGCCUUGUAUAAUAAUUUUUAAUUUUUACGACUUGCCAAACUUGCUUUUUGAAUGCUCGGUUCCAAUCGUUUCCCUGUGACUUUUUUUCUUUCUAGAGCUUAUUUUUUGUCUGAUUAUCUCAGGAGUGUAUAUAUAUAUAUACAUAUACUUGUAAAUAAUAUAUCUUACAAACGUAGAAGAAAUCGUCGAUCGAAAAAAGAUAUAGAGUCGUGACUAGGGCUGAUUUGUCUUUGUCGAUGGAAUUGAGGAUAUUCCAGAUGAUCUGCUUGGAAUUUGACAUUCCUAGUUUAAGUCUUCGAUAAAUUAAAUUUGAAAGCUUUUUUAAAUAUGAAGCCUUAAAUAUAGAAUUUCCAAAUCCGUCAAUGUUUAUGAUCUGGAAUGUCCGAUUCUAAGAACUUCUGAAGCUUCUAACUUGAAUUAAUCUAACAUAGUUUUUAUAAAAAUAAUAUUUCUCAACUAGUCUUCCUCAAUUUUCUUCUUCCACAAAAAAUUUUCCUUUUGAACUUAACUCUUAAAUCCGAAACCACGAUUUUAUUCUUCUUCUUCCUAUCUUCUCUCCGUAAAGUAUAUAGAAUACAAAAACCGCCUCUGUAUCUCGCUUGAUUGUAACAGUAUUUUUUAUGUGUUUUCAAGUAAAUCGUGUCUUCGAGCGAGGAUCUGUGAAAUAUGACAUUUUAAGGAGUCUUUUCUCCGCUAAAUGCAGCGUGUAAAUAAAAAUAAAGGGAAUUUAAAAUUUGGAA